AAUGAUAUCAAAAAUAUUCCGAGCUGUUAUACUGGGUGCACCUGCCUCCGGUAAGGGAACCAUAUCAAAACGUAUUGUGGAUAAAUUUGGCUUCGAUCACAUAUCACCUGGCGAUAUUUUGCGCAUGAAUGUCAAAAACAAUACUGCGCUAGGUAAAGAGGCUAAAGUUUUCAUUGACCAGGGCAAAUUGGUGCCCGAUGAUUUGAUCAUUAAGUGUGUCAUGAGCCGUCUGCAAGAAUCUCAGGGUAAAUCAUGGAUGUUAGAUGGUUUUCCACGUACCCGUGUUCAGGCUGAACGUUUGGCAAAAGUUGAAGCUCUCGAUGCUGUGAUAAAUCUUGAAGUGCCCCACGAAGUGAUUAUAGAUCGUGUUAAGGGGCGAUGGAUUCAUUUGCCAUCGGGCCGUGUUUAUAAUGUUGGUUUUAAUGAGCCUAAGGUGCCGGGUAAAGAUGAUAUUACUGGGGAGGAUUUGGUACAACGCGAUGAUGAUAAACCAGAAAUUGUUGCUCAACGUUUACAGGUCUAUGAGGAAAUGAUGAAACCCGUCUUGGACUUUUACUAUGAACAUAAUUUAGUUACAAAUUUCAAGGGGAAAACUACCGCGGAAAUAUGGCCGAAAGUGGAGCAAUUCCUGUUGGAGAGAACCAAGGCAGCUGUUAUGGCAGGAAGACUGUAA